UCAGACGUUCAGACAAUCAGACGCCUGCAGCGAGCGGGACGCCUACGGCAAGCAUGUCUGACGCGGAGGAGAGCGACAGCAACAUCCCCUACUUCUUCCCAGACGAGCGCCCCAUCCGCUUCACGCUGGAAACUUUUCCCCACUCAGCCGCUAUCAAGAAUGCCGCUGGGGCGCCGUGGGCAUGUGCCGUUUCUCCGUUCACGGAUGUGGGGGGCCCCGCGGACGGGGACGGACAGCGUGGACCCCCUCGCCCUGUACCGAUCGACCGAGUCGCGAGAUGCGAAGAGUGCUUCGCCUACAUCAAUAAGUUCAGCGAGUUCACCUCUAGGUUCUGGAAGUGUGCGCUGUGCGGACAUAUGAGCCGUAUCACGCAGGAGCUCUCCCGCUACCGCGACAGGCGCACCUUCCGCUCCUUGCCGGAACUGACGCAAGAGACGGUGGAGUUCGAGCUACCUCUGGACAGCAAGGGAGCCAUGAUGCGAAACGGAGAGGUGCUGCUCGAAAACGGGUACCUGGCUCAAGAGCCGGCGGCGGCCCGGCCGGUGGUGUACCUGGCCGUCGUCGAUGAGUCUGGAGGGCCGGAAUACCAUGACGUCAUGGCCGAGGUGCUGGACACGUGCGUUCAACGCCUUCCCGACGAUUGCCGGCUGGGCGUGGUGACAGUAUCGGACCGGGUGGGUCUGGUCGAUCUCACGGCACCCCUGCCGCACGUGCAGCUCGUGGACCUGGGGUCGGGAACGGGGGCCGGCGGCGGCGGAGGGCAGGGGACCGCUGGGCAGCCGGGCGGGGGAGGCGGGAGCUGGACCGAGCCAUCGAGUGCCGUGGGUCUGUCGGAGGUGAUGUCGCUGGAGGAGCUCUUGUGCCCAAUCGGCGGGAACCGCGAGCUAAUCUCGGCGAACGUCCGGGGGCUGAGAGGAGCGUGCCGUGACGCCGGUGCUGCGGCCACUGGCCGCGCUGGAACCCGAGUAACCGGGCUAGCCGUCAAGCUAUUGCUAGACCUCCUGCUCGGCGCUGCGCCCGGGCCUGCAGGCGCAGGUGCCACCUCUACCGCUGGGGGGGGGCGCGACGCCAAGGACGGCCGUGUCGGAGCCCCGGGAAGGAGAACAUCGACGGGGGCCUCGGCGGCGGAACGCGGGGUGGGGGUGGGCGGCUUCGCCUUCGCCGGGUGUCGGCUGAUGCUGUUCCUGGGGGGGGCGCCGGACAGGGGCCCCGGUGCCGUGGGAGUGGUGUCGCCGGCGGUGGCCGGGGGGGGUGGAGGAGACGUGGAAGCGGAGGGGUUCGUGCACGAUCAGCUGUUUCGUGGAGAGCCGAGGGCGCUGGGUUUCUACCGCGGGCAGGCGUACCGCGCCGCGUCGUGCGGGGUAAGCGUGGACGUCCACUGCUUCGCCAACAAGACGUGCGGGCACUUCGGGCUCUCUUCGAUGGCGCCGUUGGCGAUGACCACAGGGGGAGGCGUGUACAGACACUCGCUGCUCCACCAGAGGGAGGGCGAGAAUCGCGCGGUGACGGUGGCAAGGGAGGUGUGCGCGGAGCUCCUGCAGCCGAGGGUCUACGACGGCCUCUUGCGGGUGCGCACCUCGGCGGAGUUCAACGUGAACAGGGACGGCGUGUACGGUAACCUCACUGCCGACCCGCGGCUGGAGAGCCUGUGGCACGUGGCCUCCUGCUACUCCGGGCAGUCGUUCGCCAUGGACUUCGAAUUCAGGGGGGCGGGAGGCGGAGCUGAGCUACAGUGGGACGAGGACGAAGACGCUAGUGCCACUGUACAGUCUGCCUUCGCGUACACCGCAGUUGUUCCGGACGCUGACGCUUCAAGCGAGGCAGCGAGCGACAACGCCAUCAACGGCGGUGGAGCGACCAACGCGGCGAGAAUGGUGACGGUUCGGCGGCUGAGAGUCUCCACGGUUAGGACCGACUCUUCUCCCAGCGUCGAAGUUGUGGCGACCGCGGCGGACCCGGCGACCGUGGCCGCGGUACUAGCCCACAAGGUUGUCUCCGAAGCCCGAAGGAGCGGCUUCGCCGAGGCCCGCGGACUCCUACGCGACUGGCUGGCUAACUUCAUCUCCGGCCUGGCCGAGAGCUUGGAGGCGUCCGAGGGCGGGAGGGAGAGCGCCAUUCCCGGCGGCGGCGGGGUCGAGCAGGCCCAGGCGCUGAUGGCCAACCCGCUGAUCGUGGGCGUGGCGAGGCAGGUGUUCGGCCUUCUACAAUCGCCGGUACUGCACCCCACGAAGGGCAUCGCUGACGAGAGGGUGAGCUUGCUCAGCCGUCUGUCUUCGUUGGACCCGGAGUCGCUGUCGAUCGCGCUCUACCCCGAGAUGCAGGGUUACGCUACCCCAGACAUCCGCCUGGCCAACAGCCUCUCACUCUCUAGGCAAGCGGUGACCGAAGCCUCCCCAGCCUGCCGAAUCUUCGUGGUGGACACGUUCUGGCGGGUGGUUGUACACUACGCCGACUCUCCUGUAUCCCUCGCUGCCGGCGAGGCGGCGGGCGAGGCUCCCCUCCCUUUCCCCCCCUCCCGAGACUCUGCCAUAGGGCAGUACUUGGAGAUGAGACGGGCGGUACGGCCGUUGGCGGGUCAAGAGGUGGUUUACAGCCGACCAGGGACACCUGAGGCGUUUUUCUUCGAAGAGACCUUGCUGGAAGACCGACCUCUGCCCAGAGCGGAGAAGGCGGAGACGUUCAAGAGCUUUUUCGCGGAGAUAAUCCGAGAUGUUCUACAGACGUCUUAGCAAUAGGGGCGCGUGAACAGUGCACACAUCCCAAGGGUUGAAUUUCACGCGGAAGUGGAUACGACUGCAUGCAAUGAUCUGCCCACCCUAGGCGGCUCCAGCAUGAAAGUAAUUUGCUUUCAGCAAGGAGACGCUUUUGCGAGCAUUUUUGAGGCCACGUGCGUGCCAAAAAAAACUGUUGUUGUAAUUUGUAAGGCCUUUCUUAUCUCAUGUGUUUCUGUGAAUUAUUGUUGUUGUAAGCGUUUUGCGCACUCUGCCACGCGGAGGCAGCGUCCUUGCUACAAGUAGGUGUCAGGUUCGGUGAAUCUCACCCUGGUUGGGAUUCUUAAGGGUUGCGUGCGCACACGCUGUUGCACAAUAGCCGGCAAUUGGUUAAGCAAACGACAGGUCCACCAUGACAGUGAGUCCAACCCUUGCUAGUCUGGUCUAAUGCCAGUAUCUGCACUGAAGCAUAGCCCCCUGCCCCGGCCGCCUCCGCUGUGGCAAGGGUGAGAAAGCUGGAAUAAAUGUUUGUGUGUUCGUGCCGUGUGUUGAACACAAGCAAUCAAGUUUAACGCAAGCAAUUGCCCGAUCAACAGCGCAAAACAAGGUCUUGCAAUGUCUCCGCCGGCACUACGUACUCUGUGUUGUCCGUCGUAUUGUAGGCAGGAGCAGGCCGUAUCACUGGCACACUGCUGCUGCCUCCUCCACCAUCCACAACAACCUCUGCCUCAGCAGGUGCUGGCGCCGGCGCUGACGAUGAUAAGCUUUGGUCGCCAGCUGCGGGGUCAUCGUUGUUGUUGCUGGGGGGGGAUGGUGUGUUGCUCAUGAGGACGGCUGGUACUGGUGCGCACCACCAGCUGUACGCUGUACCGAUUGAGUAGGGUACGCCGGUACACUGCUGUGCU